AUGGAUUGCAUGCAGAAAGAACCUACCAAUAUGCCAUUUAUAAAUCGCACUAUGAAACUUUGCAGGAGUGCGUAUGCAGCAAGCUCUAACUUGCCAAUGUGUCCUAGAAAUGCUUGGGUCACAACCACCAUUCCAAACGAAGUUACUCUUGCCACCAUUGCAGGAAAUGCAAUCUCCCAUACCAUCUUAGACUCCAUCCAAAUUCUUCCCUUCAGAUCAACAUUGCUCGAUUCUUCCGCAAAUGCUGCAUCAUCACAAUCUGUAGAACCCACAAACUGGAGCAGAACAAGAAUGUUCUCGGAUCCCAAAACAACCGAUCAUGGAAGCCAACGAAUAGAAUCUGGGAAUAGAAUUCUGCAGCUACCUAGCAGUUGA